AUGGCCGUCGCGGCGCUCACUAUGUACAGCGAGCCCGGCGCGGUACGAGCAGCUUACGAAGGACUGGUCCAGGAAGUCGCUCGACGAUUCGGCGUUGCAUUGCAGCCGUUCGUCGAAGCAGAUUUAUCCUCGCUGUGGCUGCAUCCGGACUUGCUGCUCGCCCAGACGUGUGGCUUCCCGUGGGCAUCGAGUCUACAAGGCAAGGCAAAGCUGGUUGCGUCCCCGCAGUACACACUGCCUGGUUGUGAGGGCGCGACCCACUGUUCCUUCGUUCUCGUGCCUGAAUCAAGCCCAGCAAGAUCUUUGGCAGAUCUGCGCGGCACACGAGCAGCGAUCAACAGCCAAGAUUCGAAUAGCGGCAUGAAUCUCUUUCGACAUGCUAUCGCGCCUCUUUCGCAACAGGGCAGGUUCUUCAGUUCCGUGGUCGAGAGCGGCGGUCACAUACGCAGCAUGGAAAUGUUGCAGCAAGGCCUCGCAGACGUUGCAGCUGUGGAUGCGGUCACCUAUGGCUAUUUGCAGCGAGAUGCUCCGGAGCGGACAGCUGGCGUGCGAAUACUCGCAAAGACAGCAAAAAGCCCAACACUACCUUUGAUCACUGCUGCGACGCGGAGUGACGAGGAGGUCGACCUUCUGCGCCAGAUUCUUUCAGACGUUGUGGUCGAUCGGCCUGACAUUGCUCGGACUCUUGCAAUUAAGGGAUUUGAAGCAGCGGCCGAGUUGAAGUAUCUUGCCAUACUUGAAUGGCAAGACGAAGCUAUUCGACAGGGUUAUCCGCGGCUCGCUUGA